UAAAUAAAAAAUCAGUGUCUGUUUUCCGGUUGGUGGACUCCCGCAGAUCUCACAGUGCCUGGAUGAGUCCUGGGUGCCGGGGCCGAGCCUGUGGAGGCGGUCUGACCGGGGCGCACAGUCUCUUCAGGGCUCCAAGCAGCAGCAGCAGCAGCAGCAGCUGUCAUGUGAAUCAGCUGGACGAACAAGGAAGGAGGAAAAACAACAACACGACUCCGUCUUUCUGAAGCAAGGCUAUAGCUGGAGAGGUGGCAGGAUGGCGGGAGCAGAGGUGUACACCCCUGCCAACCCCACCUGCAAGAUCAUGACCUUCAGGCCGACCAUGGAAGAGUUCAAGGACUUCAACCAGUACCUGGUUUACAUGGAGUCUCAGGGAGCACACCGCGCUGGCCUGGCUAAGGUAAUUCCCCCUAAAGGCUGGAAACCUCGUCGCACCUACGACGACAUAGACGACCUGGUGAUCGAUGCUCCCAUUCAGCAGAUGGUGGCCGGACAGUCGGGGCUCUUCACUCAAUACAACAUCCAGAAGAAACCUCUCAGUGUGCAGGAGUUCAGGCGACUGGCCAACAGCGACAUGUACUGUACACCUCGCUACCUGAACUAUGAAGACCUUGAGAGGAAAUACUGGAAGAACCUCACGUUUGUCUCCCCCAUAUACGGUGCCGAUGUCAGCGGCAGCCUGUACGACGAGGAUGUGGACGAGUGGAACAUCGGCCACCUGAACUCCAUCCUGGACGUCAUCGAGGAGGACUGUGGCGUCUCCAUACAGGGCGUCAACACUCCGUAUCUGUACUUUGGCAUGUGGAAGACCACCUUCUCCUGGCACACCGAGGACAUGGAUCUGUACAGCAUCAACUACCUUCACUUCGGAGAGCCCAAGUCCUGGUACGCCAUCCCCCCGGAGCACGGGAAGAGACUGGAGCGUCUGGCCACAGGUUUUUUUCCCAACAGCUUCAAGGGGUGUGAGGCUUUUCUUCGUCACAAGAUGACUCUAAUCUCCCCCUCCAUACUGAAGAAGUAUGGCAUUCCCUUUGAUAAGAUAACUCAGGAAGCUGGAGAGUUUAUGAUCACCUUCCCGUACGGUUAUCAUGCUGGAUUCAACCACGGGUUCAACUGUGCGGAGUCCACCAACUUUGCCACUUUGCGCUGGAUAGACUACGGAAAGGUGGCCACGCAGUGCACAUGUAGCAAGGACAUGGUAAAGAUAUCCAUGGAGCCCUUUGUGAAGCGUUUUCAGCCCGACCGGUACCCUAACUGGAUGCUGGGCAAAGAUUCAACACCUAUCGACCACACACACGCCACUCCCAGUACGACGCCAGAGCUGCAGACCUGGCUACAGCAGCGACGCAAGGCCAAGGCUGCUAAUAAAGGCAGUAGCCAUUCUCGUAUGCGCUCCAAGCGCCUCAGGACCACGGAGGAGCCCGUUGACCUGGAUGGCGGCUCGGCGCUGAGCGGCGGCAAGAGGAAAGGACUGGGUGGUCCGCCCGGGCCCAAGGUUCGAAAGUCUGCGGCGGGGACAGCUUGCAAGCAAGAGAAGAAAAAGGAUGUUGAGUCAAGUCAUAACCAGAACCAAAACUCGGUUCAGCUUUCUGGUCCUUGCAGACAGAUGUGUGUGGUCAAGGUAAAUCGCGUAGAGAGUAAAAGUUUGGAGGUAUCUGUGAAGGAGCACCCUCAUAACUCUAACUCCUGCCCCCCUGCUUCACCAGCGAAGAAUGACCUAAAGGCAGAAGCAGAUCCUCACACUGACCCUCAAUACCUCUCAGGGCCAGAGGUCGCGAGCAUGACUCCCGAAGGAGCAAUGCCCGAGGCCGCGCAGGCGCGUCCAGAAAUUAACGAGUCGAGGCGCCGCUCCUCUGAACCACGAGACCUCUCGCCCUGCAGGGACUGCUCCGUCAGGAAGCCUCCCGAGGAAGCCGGCGAACCCGACUCCUCCUCCUCCUCCUCCUCACACACCAGCACUUCUUCCGACACUGUGAUGGGCUUGUGUCCCCCCGACUCCAAAGCUCUAAAGACAUCUAGUUCCCCAUGUAGAGAAAACACUUUAAGUCCGACGCCCGACGCCGACGGCGGGAUGGAAGUAAGCACAGGCGAUCACACUAACCCCGCCGUCAAAACGGAGGGAAUGGACACGGCCGUUGAUCCGAAACAUAUCAACUCACACUCCACUACAGAAGCACUUUAUGAUCUCAAAAGCGAGCCAGCAGAGGGGGGUAGUUACACAUCAGGUCGCUCUUGCUCUUCCCCUUCCCCUUCCCCUUCCCCUUCGCAACACCACUGCAGUCUUGACAAAAGCGGCACAGAGGAGAGUCUUUUCCCUCCUCUCCUGCUGAGGAAUUCGGCGGACAUGCCGCAGCUCACGCCGGAGCCGGCCGACAAGGGAGGGACUUGCCCUCUGCCGCCCGUGCUGACCCAAGAGAUGCCGUCGCUCACCCCGGCCGACGACGGGCUGGCCGAGUUUCCGAAAGCAACGCUGUGCAGUCACCAGGUUGCGCCCGUGCUUCAGAGGGAGACGCCGACCGGCUCCCCGUCCUCGCACGAAGCCAAACAAGGAGAGAACGAGAGUGACUUAAUGUCAACAGAACCUCACACGGCAGAACAUGCCAACAACUGGCAUUUAGAUUCUCCGUAUAACUGUGAAGGGGCAGCGGUGUCUGGUUUGGAGGGGACGGCUCAUUUAACCGCCAGUGGUGUGCACAAAAUAACAUCUGGUGGAGUCCACGAAAUGCUAUUAAUGUCUGCAGCAGAAAAGGACCAUACGCAUCUCGCUGCCGGGCAGAGUGAAGCCGCCACCCCCGGCCAACAAGUUCAAUGCACGGCACCUCAAAGAGAGCAGCACCUCAGCUUAUCAGAGUUCGCAAGUAAAGAUGGCGCCAAGGACUCGGCGCAAAGGGACAAUGGAUACGGUCUGAGCUGUGCUGGCUCUCUGUUAAGUGGCACCUCCAGCAGUAAUCUCCCUGCCCCGUCAUUAUGCACUCAAACUGACAGCCCCUCAGCCUUACAACUCUCCCACAACACUACAUACCCCCCUUCACAUUUCGCUUCCCAGAACCCGUACAUGGACUCCAAACCCUUCUCUAGUAGCAUCUGGAAAAACUUCACUUCCCAGGGUCCCGCAGUCCUCAUCCAAAGUCUGCACCCGGAGCUCCCCUCCGACUUCACCCACGACCCCCUACCUUACACCAUGUGGACCGAGCCUCAGUGCAAAGAGGUCACGGACCUGGAGGACCCGGAGCAAGAUCUCCGAGAGUCGGAGAACCGGGAAGAAGAAGGCGGACCUCUCACCUGGGCUCAGCUCGAACCCACUUCUCUGGUUUCAGUCGGUGCUAUCGAGCCCCUGGGUAUUUGCGGGGAUUACGAGCUGCAAAGAGACGAGAUGGACGGGGCCGAAGCCCUGUCCCUGUGCAGGGAGCUGGAGAGGCGAAGGGAGGCGGAGGAGAGCCUCCAUUCAGAUGCUGCCCCUCUCGGGAUCGGAGGAGGAGGAGGAGGAGGAGGAGAACAGGAUGGGGUGUCUGAUAUGGAAGACGGGGGAUCCGAUGGCGAGGAUGCAGAGCAGCGAAGUAGCGUCAAGGGAGGCACCAGCAGUGACUCAUCUGAUGAGGAGGAGGAGGAGGAAGAAGAAGAGGAGGAAAAUGAUACCAGUAAUUAUGAGUGUGAUGAAUCAGGCCUGGAACCUGGGGAGGUUUGUGCUUACCCCGCCCUGUCAGUGAAGAGGACCACGAAGAGCUGGCGGCACCCACUCAGGAAACCCACCGCAAGGGCUGUACCCACCGCUGUCAAACAACAGGCUGCCAGUGACGAUGAGCCCCCUGAAGCAAGCCUGGCAGACGAGGGGGAGCAAGAAAUGGAAGCGUGGGCAAAGCCUCUCAUCUACCUGUGGCAAAACAGAAAGAGCUGCUUCACGGCGGAGAGAGAGUACAAUGCUCACGCAGCCACCAUGCAGCCGUACUGCGCCGUGUGCACCCUCUUCAUGCCGUAUUAUCAGGCUGAAGACAGAGCAGAAGACCAUAAACCUGUCGCGGCCGCGGACACCUGCAAGCCGCCGUCUCCGGCGGAGGGACCCAGUCCCCCCUGCAGAUUGCUGAGGAGGACCAAGCCCCUGGUCCCGGAGAUCUGCUUUUCUUUCCGGGAACAGAACUGCCCCCCAACCCCGACUAAUCCUCUGCUGCAGGAAGAUGGCACCUCCCCGCUGCUCUACUGCCAAGGCUGCUGCCUUCAGGUCCAUGCGAGUUGCUACGGCGUCGCUGCAGAUGACAUCAGCGAGCAGUGGUCGUGUGAUCGUUGCAUGGAGGAAAGCUUUACGGCCGAAUGCUGUCUGUGUAACCUCAGAGGUGGAGCUCUAAAGAAAACCCAAAACGACAAAUGGGCUCAUGUGAUGUGUGCUAUAGCGCUGCCAGAGGCGAGGUUCAGCGACGAGGCCAAGAGAAGUCCCAUUGAUACCAGCAGGAUCCCCAUGCAGCGAUACAAACUGAAGUGCAUCUAUUGUCGUAAACGCUCCACGGGGAAGCGGCAGGCAGGGGCUUGUAUCCAGUGCUCAUGUGGCCGGUGUCCCACCUCCUUUCAUGUGUCCUGUGCCCAUGCCGCCGGUGUAAUCAUGGAGCCGGACGAUUGGCCGUAUGUCGUGUCAAUCACCUGCCAUAGACACCAGUCACGGAGCUCGUCCGCUAAGCAGCGAGCGUGCCAGGGCGCCAUCUCGCUGGGCCAGACCGUGAUCUCCAAACACAAGAACCUGCGCUACUACAGCUCGAAAGUCACCCAGAUCACCUCCCAGACGUUCUACGAGGUCAUGUUCGACGACGGCUCCUUCUCCAACGACACCUACCCGGAGGAUAUAGUGAGCAGAGAUUGUGUGAACCUUGGUCCUCCUGAAGUGGGGGAAGCCGUUCAAGUCAAAUGGCCUGAUGGGCUUUUCUAUGGGGCCAAGUACCUGGGAUCCAGCGUCUCCUACAUGUACCAGGUGGAGUUUGAAGACGGGUCUCAGGUCCUGGCAAAGAGGGAAGACGUCUAUACUUUGGACGAAGACCUGCCCAAAAAGGUGAAGCGUAGACUUUCAACGGCCUCAAGCAUGCGUUUCCAGGACGCCUUCUUCACCACGCAGGGGGAGAGGAAACGACAGAGAACACCAAAUUCACGCUUCCAGAAAGACUAUGUGGCCCUGCCAGGCCUCCGUACAACUGCCAAAAGCACAUGGGAGCAGCGCAGCCACAAAGGGAAAUGAAGUCAUGGAGAAUGCUCAAUGACAAAUGAAUGCACUGAGUUAACAGUGGAUGUAGAGGGGAGGUUGUUUGUGCUAGUUUGAGUAUGUGUGAGUAUGCUUGUGUGUGUGUGUGUGUGUACACGUGUCUGGGAUCUACUUCCAUCUUUACGACUUAUUGCCCGCACAACAUCCCCUUCUGGACACUUGAGAGGAAACGACGGACGGGGAAAAGGGGUGAUUCGGUUGUGGUGGACUUGACGUGUGCUUGUGCCCUGUACGAGAGGAUUUUCUGAUUGGACAGUCGAACUAGGAUAGGUUAACGGAGUGCUUUGCUGCCUCAGUUGCCUCGUGCUUUCACAUCCGUCAGGGAAAACAAACGUGACUUAACAAUUGUCACAGCACCCUUUUUUGAAAUAAACAUUUUUUUUUUUCUUUGUACAUAAAAAAAAAUUCAAAAAGUGAGAUUUUUCUAAAUAGCCUGCCUAUGGUAGCCUUUUGGGAGUCCGAUAUUUCCAAUUUGAAUUUUGAAUGUUUAUGUACUUUGCUUGUAGUAUUUUCCUCAUGUCUUUCUCCUCCGCAUGUUCAACAUCGUCUCCUAUCUGCUUCUGCCGGGCCAAGUUCAACGACACUACAGUGGCUUCCUCUCUGCACGUUCAUUCUUAAAUCCUGUAAUUUGACACGAUUAAAAAGCAGUAAAGAAAAAGUGACCAAAUGGUGAAUAAUUAUUCUGUGUAAAGUUUCAGACGGGAAGCCACACCUUUGUGUUGGAUUUGUGGCCUGUUAAUGUGAAACGCUACUGUUGCUCUGUUGAAUGAAACACAUUGUUGAAAUUAUUUAAAAUUUGUAUUUAUUUUUGGCUUGCUAUAGUUAAACUAUUGCUAACUGCUGUAAGGACAAUAAUAAAAAAUUACAUAUUUGUUUUUUUUUUUUGUUUUUUAAAUUAA